AAGGAUUGUUGCAUCUGCUGUGAUAGUUUAAAAAAUGUCUCAUCAUUUCCUGCUGAUGACGAUGAAAGUUGUGAAGACAACCCUAACAGAGUAAUCAAACUGCAUAAAUGUUCUCACGUGUUCCAUUACAACUGUCUCUUAGCGAUGUACAAUAGUGGCAAAAAAGAAGGCAGCAUACAAUGUCCCUCGUGCAAAUAUAUAUACGGAAUAAAGUAUGGAGAUUGUCCAUCUGGAUCUAUGUCGUAUGAAAUUCUCAACAACUGUUCACUCAGUGGAUACCCAGAUUGUGGCGUCAUCAAAAUUACUUACGACAUCAAAAAUGGCAUUCAAGAAUCUUUCCAUCCAAACCCUGGUAAGCAGUAUACAGCAACUGGUUUUCCUCGAUAUGGCUAUUUGCCUCAUAACUUGGAUGGUUUAAAGAUUUUGCAGUUGUUGAAAAAAGCUUGGUUCAGACGACUCACUUUUACGAUCGGUACUUCAGUGACCACUGGACGUGCGAAUGUUGUCGUAUGGAAUGAAAUUCAUCACAAGACUGAAAUGGAUAACAAAUCCGGACAUGGAUAUCCAGAUCCUGAAUAUCUAAACAACGUAACCAAGGAAUUGACGUUUCACGGAGUAGUGGAAAAAGACGACAAUGAAUUGGAAUAUAACGAUUAA